AUGUUGCUCCGCCCGCUGGACAGCGGCGAGCGCGCGUAUGGCGGGGGAAAGGCGGAGGAGGCGGAGGGAAAGGUCAGAGGGGAAGCGCGGAAGGCGGAGGAAGAGCAGCCGGGGCAGGCUCGAGGGGUGAAGGCGGAGGGAGGGGAUGCAGCCGACAGGGAGGUGGCGGGGGAGAGCGGAGUGAGGGAAAGGGGUGAUGGUGACGCGGAAGGUGUCAAGAGGGAGGAGGGGGGAGAUGGAGAUGGGAGGAAGAGGGCGAGAGGAGAGGGUGAGGGGGAUGAGAAGGGGGAGGCAGGACGGGAGGGGGAUGAGAAGGGGGAGGCAGGACGGGAGGGGGAUGAGAAGGGGGAGGCAGGACGGGAGGGGGAUGAGAAGGGGGAGGCAGGACGGGAGGGGCUGAGGAGGAAGCAGGUGAAGCAAGAGGCGGUGGAGGAAAAAGUGGAGGGGGAGGGGGAAGGGGAGAGGGGUAAGCAGAGCAAGCAAGAGGACGAGGAAAAGAAGGAGCAGCAGGAACAGCAGCAGGAGGAAGAAAAGGGUGUGGCGAGCGGUAUGGGAGACAAUAGGGGGGCAGAGGAAGGGAAGGCGGAGGAAAGGCCCCCUCUGCGCCUGCUGGUGGUGGGGCGCAAGCUGCUGCCCACCCCCUCGCACCGCUCUCGACCACACUGGGGCUAUGUGGAUGCCGUGUCCCCCCACGUGGAGGACAUCAGGGCGGCGCUUGAGGGAGACACCUACGAGACCAAGACACGUGGCACACAGCAUGUGGCAGCAGCGCGGGCGGCAGCAGCGGGCAGAGGGGCCACGGGGCGAGGGGCAGCUCGCAGCAGCAGCAGGAAGAGUCACACCCACCUGGUGUACUCACUCCGGUGGCCCGAGGCAGCGGGAGAGGAGGAGAAGGCAGGAGGGCGACAAGGGCAGGAGGAAGGGGAGGGCGCGCAGGCAGGAGUUAAGGAAGAAGCUGUCUGUGGCAAGGGGAGCCAAACCAAGAGUGCAGGUCAGGCGGAGGGGGAGAAAGUGGAGACACCACAGGAGGCGUUCAAUAUAGAGAGGGAAGCUUCCUACGUGCUGCAGGUGAAGAACCCACAGGCGCCCAGCAGGCCGCCCUACUUGGCCCGCCCCUCAGUGCGCCUGCAAGCCUUCCCCCCGCCGCUGCAGCACCGCCUCAACGGGCUGCGCUUCGCCCCUGCCGACCCACCUGGCUUUCUGGACCACCCCGGGUGCGAGCUGCUGCUCAUUGGGGCUUCGGAUGACUUGCAGAGGGAGUUUGGCGGGGAGGUGCAGCGCGACUUGGCCGCGGGGGAGGGUGAGGGGGGAGAGGGGGGAGUUGGCGGUGGGGGAGAGGGGGAGUUGGGGGGUGGGGAGGAGAGUGGGUAUGGGAGUGGGUGUGAGGGGGACGAGUGGAUGGGGUUUGUGAGGGAGGGGCUGGGGUGGCAGAGUGAGCAGCUGGUGAAGCCUCUGGAAGAGGGGGAGUGGGCGUGA